AUGGGCCUGUACCCUAUAUCAGUGUCGUCUACCGAAAAAGCAAACCCCAUCCUUCCCAGCCCAAAGCAAAAAGAACAAAAAAAAACCCACGCCCCCACCCCACUGCCCCAUCUUCAUCCAGACCCCGAUCCCCCGCUCCCAGCGCGCCGCCGCCGCCUGGCUCCCUCCCCCAUCGCGCCUCCGCCGCCUGGCUCCCUCCCCGUCGCGCCUCCGCCGCCCGGCUCCCUCCUCUUCGCGGCACCGCCGCCCGGCUCCCUCCCCGAGCGCCACGCCGCCGCCCUGCUCCCUCCUCCAGCGCACCGCCGCCGCCCGGCUCCCUCCCCCAGCGCGCCGCCGCCGCCCGGCUCCCUCCCCCAGCGCGCCGCCGACCGGCCCCUCCCCCAGCGUGCCAGCGGCCGGCCCCUCCCCCAGCACGCCGCCGACUGCCCCAUCUACCCUAGCGCGCCACCGCCGGCCCCCUCCCCCAGCGCGUCGUCGAGCAGCCCCUGGAUGGCGCAACUCCGGCUGCACCAUCGUGGUGGAGGCGCGGCGCCGUCUUUGAGAUGCUCCAUCAGCUGCUCCUCCUCCUCCUGGUAUGCACAAGCUCCAAUUCGUCGAGAUGCUCCGUGGAGGCCCACCAGACUCACAUGACAACGCUGGCCGUCCACAGCCACCACCACAGGCCGUUCACAGCCACCACUCAUGGCCGUCACAAAAAACACCCCAAAGUGCAGACCAUACAUGAGGACAAGGGCGAGGAGGAGGCAGCAGGAAAGAGCUAAGCGAUCUUCAGUUCAUGUUUGCUGCGAUUUUCAGUCCAGCCGGCUUACUAUUUCAGCACCAGGGUAACUAAAAAGCUCUGCGUCUGACAGAAUAUCUCUUGUUAUAACUUUUAAAUUUGUCUAGAUGCGAGGAACAAAAUCUCCAGCCAACUUUUUGCUUUGCUGAUAUAAAUCAAGCUCUGUUUUGUUGUUGAGCAACAAAAGUAUGUUAGCCGCAGGAGUUAAAAAAUCAGCUGCUUUGAACUAAAUCAAAAUGUGUCACGCAAGUUCAGGUAUACCUGCUGCAGGAGUUCAAAAAUCUGAAGAAACGAAGCUCAACCCAAGUUUAAAAACUGUUUCCUUAAUAAAUUAGUUGUUUUUGGUUAAUUUGUUGCUAUGGACAGUAAAAAAUACACACUGUUGUGUAGUGCAUGUGUGUAUUGUAAUUGUAAUUGUGGUUUGGAGUUCAGGAAAAGAUAACAAAAAGGUUCAUAGAAGAACCCAAAACAUUUGGUAGUUAUGUAAGCCCAAAUUUGAGUUCAACGUGUUUUCUAUCAUCAGCUCAUUAAGAACCCCAACGGUUCAAUGUGUGUGUUCAAAAAAAUAGUGUGGCUAUAUAUUAAAAAAUUAGUAGCUCGGCAAAAAAGAAGUUUAACCGAUUCAGUGCAAGUUUUACUUCUGAAAACUGACAUUGUUCAUCAUGUACUGAUCCAUUUCAACUGUGGAUGUGUUUAAAAAAACUGAUGUUCGGCAUAUACUUAAAAUGCCAUUAAAAAAUGAAGAGUAAAUAGCAUCAGUGAGUUCUAGUACCUAUAUUGCAAAAGUUCAUUGACAAAAAAAAUAUCAGUACAGUAUGAUGCUUCAGUUAGAAGAUCACUGAUGCUAUUUGCUUCAUAGUUUCUUUGUUGUUUCAACUUCUAUUUUAACCUUUUCUUCUGUAAAUUCUGCAUCUUUUUUAUUUAUUUACAGACUAUAUGCAUGAUACUUGUACUGGAACUAGAGUACAAGUUUUAAUUCCAGGCAAGUUUAAUUGAAAAUACUCUUAGUUUUAGAAAUUGAAGAAUUCUUUCAGGAAGAAAUAGCCUUUUGAGCUACUAUUGAUGGCUAGCAUUUGUGCCCCGAAGGUAUUUGUGCUUAUUCCUAAAAGAGAAAAAAAUGCAUUUCACUCACUUAUGUUACUAUGUUCUUUCUAGCACACAAGAUGUUGUGUUAAUCUGUAUGAGAGCAUAGGAUGUCUAAAUGCAGAAGUAGUUCCAUAAAAUGUCAUUGUGUUAAAAGAUGCACAAACUAUUGUGUUUUUUGGUACCUCACGGCAGUGUGUAGCCCUUGUACGCCUUCUAAAUACCGAUGCAUGUUUUUCUUUGGUACUUGUCUUCAGUACUAGUUUGGAAGGCCAGGAAGUUCUACUUCUGGCAUCAGCCAACGGAGCAUCGGUCGAAGAAGGCCGAUGCGCCUUGUGCCAGCUCCGGGCAUCGCCGGAGGCCCUACCUGUUCUUCCACCACCCCUGUGCACUCACCAUCGAGCCUAUCCAUGCAUAGCUCUAGUAGCCCAGCGUCACAAUACACAGUGGCCGGUGGAGCAGCUCCCUCCUCUCAGCUGCUCAAUGGCUUGCAGAGGCGUGAGAUUGCUAGGAGUUCAACAUGCAGAACCGUGCAUGUCCAUGUCCAUGUUCCUCCUACAUUUUAAUCUGAAGGCAGUGACACCACUAAGGAAAAAGAAAAUAAUCAAUAUUUUCUGUAGCAAUGCAAUGGGCAUUUGGCUCAGCAAAUCUUACAUUACUAGAGGUAUCUUCAUAAUUUCUUUUACUGGAAAAAAUACAAGUAGUGCAGCUUACCUCUUAUGACCAGUACACAACCUUGAGUCAAAUAGCAAUAUAUGGAAAGUAUGCCAACAGGUGGUUGCUAUGAAGCUUGUGUGCCUGUACAACAUGUGAAACUUUGUGGAAAGUUUUGUGACUUCAUAUGCUAUGGUGGCAACUUUUGUGUGUCUACACAUCUUUCUAAAUCUUGUGGUAGUGUUAGAUAUUUCUAUGUAUUGAUGAGCUUCAGGCUUGUCGUUGUUCAUGCAGAUUAAUUCUUUGUUAAUUACUAUUGCAGAUUCAGUAAAUGUAGCCUUUGUCUUCUCACUGAAGUUUUAUUGUGAAGAUUUUUUAAUGCACACCGAAACCAGAUUGUCUGCUCCUACAUGCGCAUCAUAUGCAUAUUUUUCCAUCAAGAAACCUCAUCAUAUGUAUAUGUCUUCUAACUCUAGAUUUUGAUGAUGCAAAGUUGUAUGGGUGUACACAUUUCUUAUUUCUAUUGCUAUUGGUUCAAAUGACCAAUUGCUAUAAGUUCCUAUGUGUGUUAGAGAACAAUAGUGUUUGGCCGGUUCAAGCUUUGCACUGGUGGAAAUUUUUUUGUACCCUUGUGCGAAAGCACUUUAUUUUCUGAUGAUUAUUAUUGUUGUCAUGUGGGUGUGCUUGAACAUUUGCUGUGCAAGAAAAAGGCCUGUGAUUUUUGUGUUGUGGUGGGUGCUAUGGAUAAUAUGAAAAUGUGCAGUCGGUGUGGUGUAUAUGUCAUUCA